AUGGUGGGAGUGGAGCAGGAACAGGAUAACUUGGAGAGUCAUUUAAAUGUGAGUGCCUCUGAAGAGCUCACUGGGUUUUGUCCCACCUCCCACCUGCCCAGUUCUGUGGAGAGCUCACAGAUCUCCCACUGUGACAUGCAGAUGAGUGAUGGUAUUCAUAAUGGUUUGGCACUCUCUGUCACCACCAACAUGUCGAGUGACUCCUCAGUCACUCAGAAAGACAGCAAUGAUCAGGAGGGCUCCUCUGUGCGAGCCGGUGCCUCCGUCAGCCCUAGUCCCUCCUGCCUCAGUGAUGUCAAAGCCACUGCCAUCAAUUCUCCGUCCAAACUGCUCAAGUUCUUGAAGAUCCCCUCGAUUGGGGAGAAGUCUCAGGCUUCAUCCUCUGCUGUCUGUCUGAGCCCCCAACUCACCCGCAACUCCAGGAUCCCCUGUCGCACCAACAACUACGAGGUGUACCACUCUCCUGUUCCCACACGAAGAGCCACCACCACAGAGAGGUGCAGGCAGCCCCCUCCUCCACCCUCCAGAUCUGAGUCCUAUCCGGCCACACACUCUGCCCCGACCUCCCCACCACAACCUGAAGAUGACUGCUCCCCGUCUGCCAAGGAAAUAAGCUACAGCAGCCUCUCUGCUCCCAAAGUCAGUGCUGGCUCAAAGAUAGGCGCUCCCCCCUCUACGUCCUCCUCCUCACCCAAAGUAUCUCAGAGGGUCCCUCAUUAUGAAAAUGUCUGUGACAUGCCUGCCAUUUCUAGAGAGGAGGAACAAAUCCAGGGCCUUGAGAAAAGAGCCACACUUCCAACUCAAACAAAGGUGAACGGUGGUGAGAGGAAGCUUGUUAAAUCGCUACCAGAAAGUGUUCUGAAUCCCUCUCCUCAACGAAAGCAGUCGUCGUCCUCCACAUCAGAGUGCACGUCGGAUGAUGAAGAGGAUUCAGACAGCCCGGUGUGGGUUAACCAUCACAGCCUGCCCAACUCAUCUGCCCUCAGCAAAGCUCAGGGCAGAGAGAACUACUCCCAAGCCAGAGAGAAACAAGAGACUGAUGGAAGAGAAGUCACUGUGCAGAACUCUGAGGUCAUCCAGCAGCCACCUCCACCCCCAGCCAGGAGAACUUCCAUCCCAAAGAGGCCUGCAGCCGGGUCAGUGAGAUCCCAGGCCGAUUCUAGUCACCACGCUUUCAAAGACAGGCUGGCAGCGCUGGGCAAGCUGAGGAGCUCAGAGGAUUUACAAGUCAAUCUAAGGCCAGUCGAGACUGUGAAUGAAGGUUCCUAUGGCGAAGAAAGGAGCAAGAUGUCGGAGAGAGCCGUGGAGCUCCAUAAAGAGGAACAGAAACAUUCAAAGCAUACAGACUUGUUGGAUGGCAAAACUAAAGGUAGCAGUGGUGGGUUGAAGUAUCCGGGGUCGUCUCCGCUGUAUGAACAGGCAGGAAAAUCUCAGCCUCCUGGCCCUGCAGUGACCAAGGCUGAAGGCUCCAAGAGCAAAAUAGGGCUGCCAUCCCCCAACACUGACACUCCACAGGUACUACGUAACAAUAUCAAGUGUCCUGGCUCCCUGAAUCUGGCCUAUAAUGUUAAACCUGCUGUUAGUCCUCAUAGUACCAACAGCCCCAAUAAAAUCCCCCCAAAGUCACCGUCCAAACCUUGCCAGGGUCCAUCUGUCCACAGAGGGGGAAAGCCCGCAGAGGCCCCACGUUACUCAUCCAAAUCAGAGGAGAGGACCAAGAUCAGCGGGAAGGGGAAAAAGAACCCGAUAUACGGAGACAGCCUCCCGCCUCCUCCUCCAAGACCUCCACUAUCUGAGGGUGAGAAGCCGCUGCAGCCGGUCCCCAGCCUGCAAUCUGCCAUUGAGCAGAAGGUGAUGAAGGGCAUCGAGGAGAACGUGCUGAAGCUUCAGGAGCAGGACCGAGGAGGGCAAGGCAGUGAGGUCAAGCAGAAAGCCUCCAAUGGCAUUGCAAGCUGGUUCGGCCUGAAGAAGAGUAAACUGCCCGCACUGAACCGAAAGACGGACACCACCAAAGCAAAGGAGGAGAAGAAGGAGUGGAAGAUAAACAUUCCCUCUGUGGGCAGGGACUCAGUGAAAAUGGCCACCAGGUGUAAAGAAGGCGUGGAAGGUCUGAACAUCUCCACUCUGAUGGAAAAGGCAGAGGGCCUGAGGAGGGCCUUGGAGGAGGAGAGGGCGUAUGUGGAGAGGUCAGGCAGGGGCCACUCCUGUGAGGUGGUGAUGGACCAAGCUCAGGGACAGCUGGCGGUCAUGUACAGGGGAGCGCGCUCUGACAACUUCAUGCAGCAGCUGCUAAACAGAGUGGAUGGGAAGGACAUGAUCAGCGUGCCCCAGCGCCGGCUCUCGUUUGACUGCAAGACCUCCAAACCAGUGUAUACUCAGCAGAGUGACAUCAUCAGUCACAUCGGCAGCCGAGACGAUAUGGACAAGGGAUCAGAUAGAAUCGGUAAGAUCACGUCAGAUGAAAACCUCGCAGAUUCAGUUCACUCUCAGCACUUCGCAGGAUCUGGCGCUUCCACAUACACCCUAGACAGUGGCAUCGGUACAUUCCCCCUACCUGACUGCGGCAGCGGUGCAGCAGGACGUGGCCCGUCCAAGACAAGGGCCGGGGCUGAGCACCACUCGUCCGGCUCCCCAGGGAGGGCCGGGAGACGGGCCCGCACCCUGGACAGAGAGCUGACGUCGCAGGAGGAGUGCUACACGCCACACAAGCAGCUGAUUCCCACCUCUCAGUACGGCGCCAUGCUGGAGGGAAGAAGUUCAGCCAGCGUCAUCCGGGAAGACAGCGAGGCCCAUGGAGCUGGCGUUUUCUCUCCUCGCUCAAAGACUUGGACCUUCCCCAACCCGAAGACUCCAGCAGGGUCUGCGGAGGUUUACCUGGCAGUGGAGGAGGAGGAGGAGGAGGCAGUAUCCUUCGGCUCACCAUUCCGAGGGAGCGUGAAGGCUGGCGUUCCGUCCUCCAGCCGGAUUGUUGACCCAAGCAGCCUGCCCGUCCCUGUCCAACCGGGGAUGAGCCGCAGGGGAAAGACUCGCACUCCCAGCGUACCUGAGAUGAGCCGGGAGGCUGGGCUGGAGCUGCUCAGGGAGCGGCCGGAGGAAGCCCUCUCCCCGAGCCGCCCUCAGGUCCUGGAGACUCCCGAGUCUCUCAGCGAUUCUCUGUACGACAGUCUGUCAUCCUGCGGCAGCCAAGGAUAAUCCAGCCAAGGAUCUGGGGAGGGGCACAUGCUCAUCUAGUGCCCAGACAAGACCCAGCACGCCCCUGGGCACGUCUCCUGGCUACUGGCUGUGUUGUGAUGCUGCUGACCUGCCGCCCCCUUGAUGUCCGCAAGAAUAUUCUGGUGACGUUUCAUCAGCUGUUUCUCUUUUGCAACUGGAAAGUGGAAAGUUUUCCUCAGGAUUUCCAAUAAACAUGAAGCCAAAAGCCACCCAAGUAACACAGGUUGUUCACUUUUUCACAAUCAGACAAGACUGUGGACACUGGUCUGACUCAUGUAUAUAGGACUACAACACGCAUGGCCAAACU